AAGACUGGUUUACCUUUUUUAUUAUUUUAAUUUUAAAAAUAAGACUUUACCACCUCAUUACUAGCUAACGUAAACAUGUAUUAAAAUACGUAUCGCGUGACUUUACUAACGCUGCGGAUUUCGUUUCGUAUCUAUUUACGUCCGGGUUAGUUUACGUCUGGCCUAGUUUACUUCCGGGAUAAUUUUGUAACUUCAAAACACAACGCGACUGUACUUUCCUCCAUUGUCGGUGCCUCCAUGGCCACUGCGGUCCUCAUCGCUGCCGUCGUCGGUGGCGGGGUCCUGCUCGUCAUGCGCCGCUUGUUCCCCCGACAGAACGCCGUCGAGCUGCUCCGGUACCCGGCUGGCCUGAUGCAAGGAAAGACGGUGAUCGUGACCGGAGCUAACUGCGGAAUCGGGAAGGCCCUAGUCGGGGAGCUGCUGAAGCUCCAGGCCCGGGUCAUCAUGGCCUGCCGGGACCGGCAGAGUGCCACCGAGGCGGCCCGGGACAUCCAGGGAAAUUCGGGAGCAGAGCUCGGGGAGGUGGUCAUCAAACAGCUGGACCUGGCGUCGCUCACGUCGGUCCGUAAAUUUUGUCAAGAGAUUCAAGAGGAAGAGCCCAAGAUUGACGUCCUUGUCAACAACGCGGGCGUCUACCAGUGUCCCUACUCCAAGACGGAGGACGGCUUUGAAAUGCAGCUCGGCGUCAAUCACCUGGGUCACUUCCUACUCACCAACCUGCUGCUCGACCUCCUCAAGAGCUCCGUCCCCAGCCGCGUGGUCGUGGUCUCCUCUAAACUGUACAAGUACGGUCACAUCAACUUUGAUGACCUGAACAGCGAGAGUAAAUACAACAAGGCGUUCUGCUACAGUCAGAGUAAGCUAGCCAACCUGCUGUUCACCCUUGAACUGGCACACCGGCUGGAGGGCUCGGGAGUGACGGUCAAUGCGCUCACGCCCGGCAUCGUGAGGACCAAGCUGGGCAGGCACGUUCAUAUCCCCAUCCUGGCGAAGCCGCUCUUCUACUUGGCGUCGCUGCUCUUCUUCAAGAGUCCGCUGGAGGGGGCCCAGACCCCUCUCUACCUGGCUUGCUCCCCGGAUGCGGAGUGGGUGUCUGGGAAGUGCUUCGCUAACUGCGAAGAAGAGGAGCUGCUAGCGAAGGCUACGGACGGACAGGCGGCCAAGAGGCUGUGGGACGUGAGCAGGAGGUUGGUCGGACUGGAGGACUGAUUUUGUGACUUUGGGCUACCUUACAAAGCUAGUUGAGACACAACAAGAGUGAAAGACCACCUUGAGUAUCUAAUUACCACUGCAUUGAGCCAAUAAAAUGUUCAAGGGUCCACGGAAAUGAUUGCCAAUUUUUUCUUAUUCCUGUAAAUAUUGUCAUUCAUUCAGAUCAUUUUAUUCUCAGGGCAUUGAAUCGGUCACAGCUGGACUGUUUUGGUUGUCUUAGAAGACAUUUCGCCUCUCAUCCGAGCAGGCUUAAUCAGUUCAUGCACGAGGCUAGCUAGGACAGCACUAGUUUUGGGUGUCAAAGGCACGCCCCAAACCACAAAUGGUAUCGUUUUGAAACACAAAAUGACAGUCUUGAAUACGCCUUACAGAGAGGCAGAUCUUUCGGAGUGAGAGAGACCGUCUAUGUUAAGAUUGGAAGCUCAUCUUUUAAUAAAGGAAGAGGCUAAUGACACCGCCUAUCUCCUCCACAAUACAAAGCCAUCCUUGCGUCCCUUAAUUAAUUUUUUUUACAACUGAAAAGAUUAAUGACCCAACUGCUGCUGUUCACGGCCAGAGGCCUCUCUGCAAUGUAUCUUAACAACUGUCCCAUUUUAAAAUUAUUAACUGUAAUUUAUGCAAUAAAAAGAGAAGUUAACAAUGAUAUAAAAACUAAAAUAGCAAAACUAUUCACCCUUUUUGAAGAUGCCUCAGAGACAUGUAAUAGAAACAGGCAGGGGGGGAGAGGAGGGGGGGGGGGGGUUGGAGCCAACCCACCUCAUAACAAACCUACUCACUUAAUCAAAACCAGGAUAGAAGUCACCACAUUUCCACAUGAUUGCUUCCACAGAGAAACGUGAUGAAUGUGACCUAUUUAUUGUCUGACCUGCUAAAUGUGUUUCAUUUUUGCAGUGUGACAUUAAAGAGGUGGAGAUGUAGUUGGUCCUCUUUGUCUACUAAGUGCUGUAUCGGCAGAAGCAGAACAAUAGGAUAGAUGGGGGAAGAUAAGUGGGAGGGUGAGCUGCAACACAAAAGUGCUGGGACACCAGGCCAUUGUACUGAAUGUGUAGGAAGUGCAAAUGGAACAAAGUAUAGUGUUACCACCCAAAGGUUUUUUGAUGGGUUCGAGUCAGAUUGCCUUGUUCACUGGGAACACCUUCUCAAAACUGUUCCCAUAAAGCUGGAAGCAUAGAAUUGCCCAAAAUGUCUUAAAAUGAAGAAUCAUAAUUACGGAAUAACAUAAGAGGUGUCUCAAAUGCACCCUGUUUAUUUGUAUGUUUUAAAAUGCAGUGGUGUAGUAACUACGUCAAUAAAAUUCUUGUUUGCAAGUCCUUCAUGUCUUGCUGAUUUGAGCAUGGCCCAUUUUCACUAAUGCAUGGUACGCGCACACCAAUUAUCGGGUCAAACAAGCAACCCCCCUCCCCCCACCCCACCUUUCCAAUAAAAAGUCAGCUAAAGUCUGAUUAUCAGAUUUCUGUAAAAGAUUAUCCUGAACAAUUAUUCAGUGGUGUGUGGUGUGAUUUCUCCCCAAUCUGUUUGGAAAACAAUCAGGGCAGACAGUCUUAAUGCUAAAGGCCCGGACUCUCUGAUCUGUAAUAGCCAAUUAGGUAGCGACCUGAAGCUCGCUAUUGGGCCGAUCACAAAUAGAGGAGCAACUGGUUGUGUUUAUUAUCUUAAUAAUGUGUCUCACAAGUCAUUCACCACAAUACAAAUGACAGAAACGAGUUAACUCCAAACAGCCGAGCUUCAUCUUUUUCUAUUUCUUUGUAUUUUCCAGCAGUCUGAAUACUCUGUGGUGCUUUGAUACCUGUCAUAGAUUAGUCUUGGUACUACAACAAACCUGGUUUGGCAGAGGAGAUUCAUAAAUGUCUUGUGUCUGUGGGAGGGAAGAAAAAAAAAAAAACCACACACUGCACCACAGGUUAAUCUUUUAGGGACAUGCAAUAACCGACCCUUUGGUGACUAAUCGGAAGAUGUUGACAAAAAUAAUCCUCAAAUUUGGUCUGUAUACAUAUUAUACAGUAUAUACUUCCUCAGCCAAGAUGAAGUAGUGACUCACACCACACGGCCACAUCACAAAAGGUCCCGUUUAAACAAUCAAGGAUCGUCUGAAUACUUUGUGCUUUUAUUGAGCCAAUAAACAACCAAAAAUAUAUAAACAUGCACAGUUCAUAAAAGGAAUAAAAGUUAUAUUGUCUUGGAGGGG